AUGGAAGAAAAUGUAAAUGAAAUUAACAAAAAGCUAAAAAUCAAUAACAAUAAAGUUGUAAACUACUACGUAAAUAAUACUUCUCUAAACAAGAAAAAACAACACUCUGGGAAUUUUGCACAUUCUAAUAAGCUCAAUAAUAACACAAAAAAAGGGCACAAUAAUUAUGAUUUGAAUGGUACUUCAAAAAAUGAUCACACACCAAAUUUAAUGAAAGGUUCAUUAAAUUAUGGGGAGUAUAAUGCAAAUUUUAAAAAUAAUAAUAUAGGAAGCAAAACAGCAUGCAAUCACCCUUUUAUAAAAGAUGGCGUAACUUUGGAUUCCGAUUGGGAAGAUAAAGAACUGAAAAAGAAAUUCGAUUUAUAUGAGCCUCAAAAAGUAUUUCUCAAAAGUAGUAUAAAGGAUAGGGCGGAAACUUAUAACAGUAAUAAGAAAUUAACUAACAUCGGCCUAUCUUCAAAUGAGUACACAAAUUAUAAUGUUAUAUCAGAAAAAAAUAGUUAUGAGCAUGCUAAAAAAAUUAAUGAACUAUGGAAUAUAUAUGUCAAUGAGUUAUUUGAACUAACAAACAAUAAAGAAUUAUCUCUCGAAACAAUCAAUGAGAUGGAACUGAAUGGAGCAUAUGUGGAAAUUCAUAAAUCACGAUGCUCAUCAUAUAUCGGCAUUAAAGGAAUAAUAAUUCUGGAAACUCAAAAUGGCUUUAAAAUAAUAACACCUAAUAACAAAGUGCUAAUAAUAUUAAAAAACAAAACAGUCUUUAUAAUUAAAAUAAAAGAUAAACAAUAUUAUUUGCAUGGUGUGCAACUAAUGCGAGAUCCUGCAUUAAAAUCUUCGAAGAAAUACAAAAUGUUACAGAACAGAGUUAUUUGA